GAGAAAAGAAAAUGUUAUUAAGAAAAUCAUAAGUAAGAGAAAACAUUUACUAUUCAUUAAGUGGAAGGGGAUCAUCACAAAGGUUUCUUCCUCACUGUCUUCACAGUAGGGUCUUGCUGUCUCAGGGGUGGCAGAGGCGGAAGAGAAUCUACCUGUAAGUGGACUUGCCCAGUUCAAAUCCAUGUUGUUCAAGGGUAGACCUGUGUUCUGGAAUUUUAAAUAAAGUUUUGUCUUUAAAAAAAAAAAAACCUGCCCCACACUUAGAAAACAAAGAAAUAGCAAACCAUGCCAAUCUUUUGUAUGUAGGGAGAAUUAAAGUGAAAGGUGGAAAACCAUUUAUUUGUUUUACAAAUGGUUCCCCAGGUGCUCCGACUUCUCUGGUCGUGAUCAUCUCUUGAUUUCCGAGACUGGAACCUCUUUUGUCGCCAAUUUGUCUGUCUCCAUCGCAGUUCCUAAUGGAAACACAGACCUGAAAAAUCAAAGCUUGGGCAUUUACCGUCGAAGGUCAUGGCAUGGAUGGUUGAUUUUUUUGGCUCUGUCUUCAAAGUGAAAAAUCACUGUGUUCUUUGAGAAGGAAAGUAUAUUUUGGGAGGUGGCUAACGUCAGCAGGCAGGAAGAUCUAAGCAAGCCUGUCUCAUCCUCUGUUCACAUAAUUUCUAGCAUUGCUAAGUUCGCAGUGUGUGAUUUUUUUUUCCCCUCUUGUGCAUCUUGCUCUAAUGACUGCUGAUGAUCUUGAAACAGCUGCAUUAAUUGAUGGUGUUUAACGACUCUACUUACAGUUAGUAAUCGCAGUUGGCUUGGCUGAGGAUCGUGUGUUCUUUUUACUUGUUGUUUAGCUUGAGAAGUGUUUAUUUACCCCGUGUGCCGAAUGCCAGAAGAGGAGAUGGGAACUCCUCACCUCGGUGCCGGCCCCCUGCCCGGCGCUCACACUGCCCUGGAACAUCAUCCUGCAUCAUCACAGCAUCUGUUCCCAGUGUGCGCUGAUUGUCUGCUCAUGGGCCUGUCUUCCAGCUUGAUAGGAAGUCCCUGGAAAGAAGGGACCAUACCCCAGCUCAUCUCUAAAGCGUUAGCCUUUAGCACAAGGACUGACAUGAAACAGGCCUCAGUAAAAGUCGGCUGAAUGAAUGAUGAGUGGUUGCAAAACAUAUCAAUUAUGAAUGUGUCUGGCUGAAAGUAACAGAAAGCCCUGCCUCAGUGGCUUCAGCACAUACGGAUUUGUUUUUCUCAAGUAAGAAAAUGCAUGAAGAUAGGCGAUUCUGCUGGUGUUGGUUUCAGCAGCUGACAUCUGUCUGGACUGACACUUGUGUUACUCUCUUGGCCUUUCCUUCAUGACGGCGAAAACACCAGCAGACUUCCCCUUAUUUCUUGGCCAGAACGGUAUCACAUGGGAUACCCCCAGUUAAACAGGCCAUGUGAGUGUGUGGCAGGGGGCACUGAGGAAGGCUCACUGCUCAAACAAACCAAUUAUGUUUAAUGGUUCAAAUAUGGUAGGCAUUCAACCUCUUGUUCACACGUAGUCCAAAAUGGCUGUUUCUGAUUGGCGAGGGGCUCUCCUCCAAGAGGAGAUUCAGGGACUCAGGCUCUCAAGGCUGCCAUGCUCAUUUGCCUCAGUCAGCUGAAGAGGAAGGAACCUGGAGGAUGGUGUGUGGGAAGAUUUUGUGGUCCAGGCUCAGAGGUGGUGAAUUACUGGCCCUGACAUUUCACUGGCCAGGGCUUAGUCACAUGACCAUGCCCUCCGAGGGGAGGAAAUGUGGUCCUGCCACGUGCCCACGAGGGAGAGAAGAUGGGUGUAUCACAAUUAGCUGGCAGUCUCUGCUACACUGUCCGCUCCCUCUACCCUGCAGAAAUCAGGAUUCUCUUACAAGGAGGAAUGAGUGGAUAUUAAGGGGCAAAUGGGGGUGUUUUCUUUAGAAGGAAAUGCUGUGCUAAGAAGACUCCAGCCAAAAGUCUCUUCAUUCCCAGGAGAUCAUCUGUUCUAAAUCCCUGCUUCAGUCACUACCUUUAGGAACUGGGCCAGAUGACUCAGUAGGACAGUGGGAAGCCCUUAUUAUCCCCCUGUCUUGACACAGGGCAUGUUCUUAACAGCUUUGUGGGAAUGUGUCCUACAUGAUUCACAUCAGCAGUUGGAGGUUACCCCAGAGGAAAUGGUCUUCAGUCCCCCAAGGCCAGAGGAGCCUAUGAGAGCUUCUUUUUUUCAAGUGCCCCUGCCCACCCAACCUUCCACAGCUUCUCUUGCUCUCCAGCCCCUGCCCAGCCCACACCUGCAGGGGAGGAGAGGACACAGCAAAGAGUGACCUGAUUCCCCUCUAAUUCAUUAAGAUGUGUUUUCCCACCGCUUCCUGCUAGUUUUUCUCAGUAUUCAUUGACGAGGGGUCUAUUGAUCCACUGGGGUGUAGUGCUUUAUUCUUGUUCAGUUCCUUGUAGGUUUCUGCAAUGGGGCUGCUCCAUCCACAGCAUUCUUCCUGGUGCUUAUCUUCCUUUUUCCCACCCGCCCUCCCUCCCGCUAACACCUAUUGAGCACCUGCUGCUUGCUCUGGUGUCUAUCCACCAGCACCGUGGAAGGUGGGCAAGGAAGCUGACGGGAGCCUGUCAUGUUGAUGAGUAGAGCGGGAGGGGUAGGCCCUGGUGGUUGUGGUUGCCCAGUAUUGGAGGACAUCAUCCUGCCUUGGGGUCAGGGAAGGUUUCCAGGGGAAGGUGGUGCUUUAGCUGAGUUUAAGGAAAAGCAGGAGUUAACCAGGUCAAGAAGGCAUCUGGGCCAAGAGAGUGGAACGGGCACAGACAUUGAGUUAUUAAAAGGGGGAACAGCAAGUAGUCGACUGUGCCUGAGUCAGGUGGGAUGGUGUGGCCAUUCACUCAUCCAACCCUGCUGUGCCAUGGAGCCUGGCCUUACAGGGGCUUGCAGACAGAAAAGGACCAGCCCUCAUGGAACUCAUGGGCUGGCUGUGAGAGGGGAUGAGUCUGCAGAGGAGUUUGGGCCAGAAUCUGAGGAGGGCUUGGCUGCUGUCCCAGAUUCUGCUCUGAAGGAUCUGCUGUGGAGGCUGAGUAGGAAAGGGGCCCCAUCGCUUGUGCCGUCACCUCUUGUGCCCCGUCCCUCUGUGUCUGAUUUUUGACUGGUCCUUUGCCCGGGCAUUACUCAGGCUAUAAAAAUAGAGGCUGGCACCAGAACUCCAGCAUGUAGUUGGUGAAGAAAGCUGAAGCUGUCAUUACAUAUCAAGAUACUUGCCAGGGAGAUUUUUGGUGGAGCACUUUCUUGGAGCCCUAAGGAUGAGGUUCUAAAGUUGGCUUGCAGGUUUUUUCUCCCUUGAACUUAUACCAAUGCUUCUGGCCACACUCACUUGGAAUAUGUACUGGUUGUGCUUGUUACUCACCUGCCCCCAGACUCAUACAUGCCCUCAGGGACACAUUGAAACAAACACUCAACCCUGAAAUCCACCAGAUGAGGGCUCACCUUGCCACAGACUGGCCUGAUUGGAGGGGCUGAGUUCUCCCCGUGGGGCCGCUGGAGGCAGGCAUGCAGUCCAUCAGGUGUUCAUGUCCUAUACAUGGCAGGACAUCCUGGCCUGAAAAAGUAACUUUCAGCACUGCCUGAGAAGGUAAGGGUUCUGAUAGCCCUGUGCUUUCUUUCUCUAAGGAAAUGAGGGCUGAGCCAGAGUUUAUCAAAGCUGUCAGCUGCCUUCAUUGUGAUGAAUGGUUCCAAGGGUGGUUUUCUUCGUUCUCCUUCCCAGCCCUGUUUAGUAAGGUGGACGGGGCAGUGCUGGAGAAUGGGAUACAGAGGUACAGAGAGCUGAAGAAUCAUGCUAGUCUAAGCCAAGGGCCGAAUGAACGCCACUUUUCUUCAAGGUGGGCUCAUCUGAAUUUGUAGACAGAGACUAAAUAGUUUGAUGCUGUUUAUUGGGUGCCUUCUUGGUCAAAGUGUUGUAGGGAAUGCAAAUAAUAAUGGGGAGGAGGAAAUCACGACUGUCUUGUGUUUUCCAGGAUGGACUUAUCUAAUCCCCUCCAUGACCCCUGAGGCAGGCAGCAAUAUUACACUCCACUAGAAUAGAAGCUCCAUGAGGGCAGGAAUUUGGGACUGGUUUGGUCACUACAAAUCCCCAGCUCUGUAACUAUCCUUGGCAUAGAGCAGUUGCUCAGUAAAUAUCUGAAUAAAUGAAUGAAUCACCAUUUGCAGGUGAGAACACCGCAGCUCAGAGAUAUUAAAUACCUUGCGCAAGCUAUUAGGUAGUGGACUAAAAGGCCAGGGAUGGACCGUGAGCUGUGACUUGGGGAACCCCAGCCCCACUGCCCCUGGAAUGAUGGCGUCUUCUAGGAUAGCAGUGUAGGAGGACUGGAACCUGCCUGGCCUGGUCUACUGAACACAGCACAAUCUUGGCAAAACCCACCAGUUGUAUGACGAUGAGCCGCAACGCCCCAGAUGUCAGGACCCAGGGGGUUGGAGAGAGUGUCUUCCUGCUGUAACUCAGAGGUGGGGUGAUAUGCAGGCUGUAUCUAUCAGCAGCUUGAGAGUAACAUUUCAAGAAUACCACCUACAUCCAGUCAGGCGAUUACCGAGAAACUUUCAGUGGCUCCCUACUCCUACGUGAACCUAGUCUGGCUCCAGCCCUCCUCCACCCUGUUCACUGAUGAGUCACUGCAUAAGGGCUGUCACCCACAAUACAGUGGCAUGGGGGUGGGCUUUGCAGCCUGCCUCUGUACCAUUUAUCCUCACAUCAGGCACACCCACUGACAUCCUCCCUGCCUUUUAGUUUAGCACAGUUUCUGCCUCUGUCAUGCAGCCCUCUCUCUGAUCGUUCCAGCACAAAGAGCCCCCUACUCCUCAGGUCCCCGUAGCCUUUGUCUGUCUGGACAGUGCAUUUCCUAAGGAUGUUCCUGGAACCGUGGGUUCCGCAGGUGGAUGGGGCUGCUGCUAAGUGAGGCACUAGGCCCCUCCCAGGCCACCUAAGUACUUCCACUGCUACCUGAAUUCCACAUCAGGUUCCAAGUUGUGAUGAGUUUUAAAAGAUGAUACUGUUUCAAAACCACUGGUCUCUAUAAUUUAUCAUGUGCCUGCCUUGUGAGAUACUGCUUAACUGCAUUGUUUAAAAAUAAUUUAAAUAAUGUUUUACAGCAUUCAUUUUUUCUGGUUUUUAAAAGUAAUACAAGUUUAAGAAAAUUUAGAAAAUGCAGAAAUAUAUGUGAGAAAAUAAGCCUACCGGGAUUCCACCACCUACUUACUUAAGGAGUGGUGAGCCAAUCUUCUGUCUUGUAAUUUGUUUGUUUUAAAGAAAAUUUAGAUUACUUGUCGUUGCAGCUCUAACCACUCAUAAUAUUUAAGAUAUAUAUUCUCUUUCCAAUGUUUUUCCUUGUCUUUUUCUAAAAAUUGUUACUUUUACAAAUAGCAAUUAUUUAAAUUCAUUUUUUUAAAUAGCACAGGUUCAAAUUCUAAAGUAUACAAUAAGAAGUCAUGCUCCCAUCCCUGCUUCGAGCCAUUCAGCCAAAUCUGUACAUGCUAUGUUGUAGCUUGUCUUUUUGACUUAACAAUGUAACGUGUCCUCUGUCAUUACUAACCUUUUUUGUUGUUGUUAUUCACACACAACAUACUAUAAAAUCAAAGCAUUAAAACAUAUGAGUAAAUAUUGAAAGUUCUUCCUACUUCACAAUAGAGGGGACACUGUUCAUUUGGGCACCCAUCUCCUGCUAGACCUUUUUCUGUAAAUUUAUGUUUUCCAAAAAUUUACAUAUAUAUGUUGAGAUAAGCAAAGUUGGUUUUACCUAAGUGAGAUUACACUAUAUCUAUUAUGCUGCUACUUUUGCUUUUUGUCUUUUGUUUUUAACUUGGCAAUAUUUCUUGGAAGUUUGUCCAUCCUCACCUAAGCCCACUUCUUUCUUUUUUUAAGGCUGAAUCGUGUUCCAUCGUUUGGACAAACUCUGAUUUUCCAACUGUUUCCCUAUGGAUGAACAUUUCAGUUAUUUUCACAUUUGCAUAAUGACUCCUAGUGCUGCUUUGUACAUAGGUGGUAACAUUUUUGUAGGAUGGAAAACUGGAAUACAAAUUCUUGGGGCGAAAGAUGUGCAUGUUUAUUGUUUUGGUGGAGACCACCAUUUCUCCUUCACGGAUACCAUUCUAAUUAACCCUCUCACCAGCAGUAUAUGAGAGAUCUCAUCCUCCUGAGAUCAACUAACAUUCAUGAGAGGCGAGAGGUGAGUUUUUUUGGCCAAUCUAAAAGGACAUGUUCCCGAUUUGAGGUGAAACCAUGAAGAGAAAAUAGAAUAAUUAAUAAUGCUUUUCCGCAACCGCUUCUUGCUGCUGCUGGCCCUGGCUGCGCUGCUGGCAUUUGUGAGCCUCAGCCUGCAGUUCUUCCAUCUGAUCCCGGUGUCAGCAGCUAAGAAUGGAGUGAGUAGCAAGAGUCGAAAGAGAAUCCUGCCUGACCCUGCGACGGAGCCCCCUGUGACAGACCCCAUUUACGAAGCCCUUCUGUACUGCAACAUCCCCAGUGUGGCCGAACACAGCAUGGAAGGUCAUGCCCCGCAUCAUUUUAAGCUGGUCUCAGUGCAUGUGUUCAUUCGCCACGGAGACAGGUACCCACUGUAUGUCAUUCCCAAAACAAAGCGGCCAGAAAUUGACUGCACUCUGGUGGCUAACAGGAAACCAUAUCACCCAAAACUGGAAGCUUUCGUUAGUCACAUGUCAAAAGGAUCCGGAGCCUCUUUCGAAAGCCCCUUGAACUCCUUGCCUCUUUACCCAAAUCACCCACUGUGUGAGAUGGGAGAGCUCACACAGACAGGCGUCGUGCAGCAUUUGCAGAAUGGCCAGCUGCUGAGGGACAUCUAUCUAAAGAAACAUAAACUCCUGCCCACUGACUGGUCUGCAGACCAGCUCUAUUUAGAGACCACUGGGAAAAGCCGGACCCUACAAAGUGGGCUGGCCUUGCUUUAUGGCUUUCUCCCAGAUUUUGACUGGAAGAAGAUUUAUUUCAGACACCAGCCAAGUGCGCUCUUCUGCUCUGGAAGCUGCUAUUGCCCGGUGAGAAACCAGUAUCUGGAAAAGGAGCAGCGUCGUCAGUACCUUCUACGUUUGAAGAACAGCCAGCUGGAGAAGACCUACGGGGAGAUGGCCAAGAUCGUGGACAUCCCCACCAAGCAGCUCCGUGCUGCCAACCCCAUAGACUCCAUGCUCUGCCACUUCUGCCACAACGUCAGCUUUCCCUGCACCAGAAAUGGCUGUGUCGACAUGGAGCACUUCAAGGUAAUUAAGACCCAUCAGAUCGAGGAUGAAAAGGAGAGACGGGAGAAAAAACUGUACCUUGGGUAUUCUCUCCUGGGUGCCCACCCCAUCCUGAACCAAACCAUCAGCCGGAUGCAGCGUGCCACUGAGGGCAGGAAAGAAGAGCUCUUUGCCCUCUACUCUGCUCAUGAUGUCACUCUGUCACCAGUUCUCAGUGCCUUGGGCCUUUCCGAAGCCAGAUUCCCAAGGUUUGCGGCCAGGUUGAUCUUUGAGCUUUGGCAAGACAGAGAAAAACCCAGUGAACAUUCCGUCCGGAUUCUUUACAAUGGCGUCGAUGUCACAUUCCACACCUCUUUCUGCCAAGACCACCACAAGCGUUCUCCCAAGCCCAUGUGCCCCCUUGAAAACUUGGUUCACUUUGUCAAAAGGGACAUGUUUGUGGCCCUGGGUGGCAGUAGUACAAAUUAUUAUGAUGCAUGUCACAGGGAAGGAUUCUGAAAGGUGUGCAGUGCAGCGGGAUAGAAUCUGUGCCAGUCAGAGCACUGGGAAAGGUCCACUGCUAGUUCUGUCUGUUGCUAAGGGUAGAAGAUUAUUGCUUCUCAAAGGCUAAAUAUUGUUUGUGGGAACCACAGACGGCUGGGGGUUGAACAGUAAGCACGUUGCUAUAAUGCGGUAUGUGAAUUGCUUGGUACAAAAUAGCCAGUUCACAGAGGAGUAGAAGGUACUUUGUCUUGGGCAGACUUUGCUUAGAAUACCAGAAUGAUAUAGUUCAAGACUCAAAGUCACCGAUCCAAGUUUGCGCCCUUCGGCCUGCCUCAUGGUAUUGUGUGAUGGAGCCAGCACACCUCAGCCAAAAUUUUUUUAAUCUUAGACAUUUUUAUCUUGUCCUUGCUAAGGAUUUCUUGAAGUGAUUUAUCUAAAAUAGGGGUUGGCAAACUUUUUCUGUAAAGGGCCAGAUUGUAAAUAUUUCAGACUGUGUGGACCAAAAGGCCACAUGCAGUCUCUGUCACAACUACUCAGCUCUGCUCCUGAAACAGAAAAGCAACUACAGACAAUACGUAAAGGAAUGCAUGUGGCUGGGUUCCCGGGCCAGACAGACAGGCGAUGGCCAGAUUUGGCCCCUGGGCUGUAGUUUGCUGACCCCUGACCUUAAAAAUAGGCUAUACUACAAUUGCACUUCCAGCACUUUGAGAACCAGUUGAAUGCCAAGAAUUUUUCGAUGGUUUUUCCAGUAACUUCUGCUAGAAACACAGAAUUGGGUCUGUAUCUGACACUAGAACAAAACUUGAGGGGAAAUAAGCUGAAUCAGAAUGACUCAUAGAAAACUGAUUAGAAGAAUACUUUAUAUUCAUGAUGAUUGUGGUACAAGAUAGUUUUAAGUACAUUCUAAAUAUUUGUCCGCUGUAGUCUAUUUGCUGUAUAUGCUGAAAUUUUUGUAUGCCAUUUAGUAUUUUUAUAGUCUAGGAAAAUAUUUUCUAAGACCAGUUUUAGAGGACUCUGAUUCCUGUAGUAAUGUUCAAUUUACUGUACCUGUUUGGUGGUUAGACGGAGGCUAGAAGACGAAUUCAGGCACAUUCUUCCAAUAAAGCUAAUUAUGGCUCAUUCCCUUUGACAAGCCGUAGAAUUGAAUUCGUUUUUAAACCAUUUUCAUCAGUUUCAAAUGGUAAAUUCUGAUUGAUUUUUAAAUGUGUUUUUGGAAGAACUUUGCUAUUAGAUAGUUUACAAAUCUUUAUAAGGCGUUUUAUAUAUUAGAAGCAAUUAUGAUUCCAUCUGUGAUUUCUGAACUAAUGGUGCUAAUUCAGAGAAAUGUAAAGUGCAAGUGAGAUUCUCUGGUGUCAUUAGCAUUCCAGCUUUCUCUCUGUUUUUGUCCAGUGUUGCAUUUGAAUAUGUCGGUUUCUAUCAAUAAAUUUUUGCAGAAUACCUAUGAUCUACAACUAA